AUGUCCUCUUCCGCCCAGGCCGCCAUAGCCAAGAGGACGACAAGUACGCUUCAACGCUUGGUCGUCGAGCCGUUCAUGAACACCGCCCACAAGAUCGAGGACCACUCAGUCAGGAAGAUGCAGUCCAUGGAGCCCGCCAUGGCGGAGUGGGUAAAGAAGCAGGAGGCUUCGGGUGCCGAUGCGGCUACUAUCAGCCGCCAGCGCUUUCUGCGCGAGCAGCACCAGCUCAUGAGUUACCGCGUUGUUCGCUUUUUUGAGGAGUGCCGCUACAUCGCCUCCGGUCAGUAUUACAAAAACUACAACAUCGGCUGCUUCCUGCAGGAUGCCCGCUUUGCCACGCAGGCGUUCUUCAUCUUCCUGAUGGCGGUCAUGGUCGGUCGCCGCUCUGUGUACCCGCCAAUCUCCCCGAACAGCCCAUUGGCGAUUGUCUUCGACCACAAGGUCAAUCCGAACUACUAA